AUGUCUGACCCCAUCGCCGACGCUGCGCAGAAGCACCCUGCGCCUGAGGGCCUUAUCUACACGUACGGAACAGCUGGAGUAAGCUCUCCACAUACCCCAUCCCCAACCCCGCGACACCAAGCUGACCGCAACAGCGAUGUCCUCGACUCGGUCCUUACACGCGUUGGUCUCAUCGCAGCCCUUCGAUCGCGAGCUCUGAAGGGCAAAUAUAUUGGCGUCAUGAUCACAGCCUCCCACAAUCCUCCUCAGGACAACGGUGUGAAGCUCGUUGAGCCGUUGGAGGAAUGGGAGGUCAUCAGCACCGAGAUGGCCAACAAGUCCAGCCCCGAGCACGUUUCGAAAUACUACCACGAUGUCGCCGCGAAGUUCAAGAUCGACUUGAAUACCCCCGCUCGCGUCGUUGUCGCUCGCGAUACAAGAGCAUCUGGCGCAAGGCUUCUUGGUUGCCUCCAGGACGGCCUUGCGGCCGCUGGCGCUGAGGUCAAGGAGUACGGUUUCCUCACCACACCUCAGCUCCACUACAUGGUCCGCUGUCUGAAUACUGAGGGCACAAAGGACGCAUACGGCACACCCACCGAGAAGGGCUACUACGAGAAGUUUGGCGCUGCGUUCAAGACUGCGCUGCGCGGCAAGAAGCCCUCAGGAUCUCUUACUGUGGACGGCGCCAACGGUGUCGGCGGACCCAAGCUCACGGAGUUGAUCAAGUACCUGCCAUCGAAGGACGAUGGUGGCCUUGAGAUCUUUGUCAUCAACGACAACGUUGUCAAGCCUGAGAGCCUGAACGUUGAUUGCGGUGCAGACUAUGUCAAGACCAACCAGCGCGCUCCCCCCUCUUCCAAGGCCGGACCUGGCGACCGCUGUGCAUCCCUCGAUGGCGACGCUGACCGUGUCGUGUACUACUUCAAGGACGAGCAGAACGUAUUCCGUCUUCUGGACGGUGACCGCAUUGCAACCCUUGUCGCAUCUUUCCUAGGCGACCUUGUACGCCAGGCCGGGCUCGCAGACUCUAUCAAGAUCGGUGUUGUACAGACUGCCUACGCCAACGGAGCUGCCACAAACUACGUUGAGCAGAACCUGAAGCUUAAGGUCGACUGCACUCCUACUGGUGUCAAGUAUCUGCACCACGCUGCAGAGAAGCUUGACAUUGGAGUAUACUUCGAGGCUAACGGUCACGGCACUGUCAUCUUCUCGCACGAUACCCUCGACAACAUCGAGAAGUACGAGCCCAGAAACCCUGGCGAGAAGGAGGCUAAGGAAGUUUUGCAAGCCUGCAUCAAUCUCAUUAACCAAUCAGUCGGCGAUGCGCUCUCUGACUUCCUGCUCGUCGAAGUGGUCCUUGCGCACAAGCACUGGGGCCCUCAGGAGUGGCUCUCGACUUACACUGACCUCCCCAACCGUCUACUUAAGGUCCUGGUCAACGACCGCACCAUCUUCAAGACCACAGAUGCUGAGCGCAAGCUCACAAGCCCCGAGGGUGUCCAGGCACAGAUCGACAGGGAGGUGCAGAAGGUCCGCCAGGGUCGUUCGUUCGCCCGUGCCAGUGGUACCGAGGACGCUGUCCGUGUGUACGCUGAGGCUGCGACCAAAGCGGAGGCCGAAGAUCUUGCCAGGAAGGUCUCGGAGAUCGUCAAGGCCGCCGGCAGCGCUUAG